AGUGACAGAUAAUGUGUCUGACUGAUAUUAUCUCAUGGAAUGCGUUUUAUAGCAGAUAGAGAUAGUUUAUGUGAAAAAUAUAUUAUCUUGUACAAUAUAAUACAUUGAAGAAGGGAAAAAUUCGUUAAUCAAAUCAAUAUGUUUAUUAGGAAACCAUAUCAACUAUUCUUUGCAAGUUCACUACGAUCAAUUAAUUAUGCAACUAAAAGUCCUAAGCCGGAAAUUCCAAAGAACCCAUUAGGAUCUGUAUAUUCUGCUACAAAUCAGAAGGAUAAUGGUGUGGUGUAUGAUAAAAAACCAUUCAAGCUGGCUCUAGAGGCAGGCAAGACAUACCACUGGUGCUUAUGUGGGCGCUCUAAAUCUCAACCAUUGUGUGAUGGCACCCACAAGGAUGUAUAUCUUAAGAUCUCUCAGAGGCCUGUCAGGUUCACUGUCGAAAAAACGAAAGAUUACUGGCUGUGCAACUGCAAACAAACAAAAAAUCGACCAUUCUGUGAUGGAGCACACAAACAAAAGGAUGUCCAGGAAGCCACUACAGUCAGACUGUAAACAAUGAAGCUUAAUCAAAAUAAGUAGUAUGAUUGUCGACUUUGUUGAUUUUAGCUAGAUUAACAAAUUCUAAUUAUUUAGCUAAUAGUUGUUUUCAACCAAUAAUUUAAGUAAUAAAUCAAAGAUUUUGAACAAACUGA